AUGGCCCCGGGAUCUUUCCAUGGUGGCCUGGAGGAGAUGGUGGAGGAGCUCAACAGCGGGAAGGUGAUGUAUGCCUUCUGUAGGGUGAAGGAUCCCAACUCCGGCCUGCCCAAAUACGUCCUCGUCAACUGGACUGGCGAAGGCGUGAACGACGUGAGAAAAGGAGCCUGCGCCAACCACGUCAGCACCGUAGCAAACUUCCUAAAGGGGGCUCACGUCACCAUCAACGCGCGCGCAGAGGAGGACGUGGAGCCUGAGCUCAUCAUGGAGAAGGUUGCCAAGGCCUCCGGGGCCAACUACAACUUCCACAAGGAGAGCAGCAAGUUCCAGGACUCCGGCCCUCAAGCUCCCGUGGGCUCUGUCUACCAGAAGACGAAUGCAAUGUCCGAAAUCAAGAGAGUCAAUAAAGAUAAUUUCUGGGCCAAAGCUGAGAAAGAUGAAGAAAACCGCCGGCUGGAGGAGAAGAGGAGAGCGGAGGAGGAGCGGCAGCGGCUAGAGAGAGAACGGGUGCUUCUGGAGCAUGUCACUGAAACCUGUGGCCGCCGUUCAGGGGGUGCCGGAGGUCCGGGCCGGCUGGUGGAGGGCUCUGAGCCCUGCAGAGAGGAGGCGGCGUGUGCGAGGACCGUCAUUGUGCUCUCUCUGCUGAUUUCCUUCCUCUCCAAGCCCGGCGUGACCCCCGGGAGCCUUGUUAGGAGACUCCAGCAGCAACAGGAGGCAGAGAACAGGGACAGGGAGCAGCAGCAAUGGGUGAGCUUCGGCGUUGUCCCCUGCGGCAAGGUUUCUUCAUACAUCCUGUAUUGCCCCUGCAAGCUUCGCAGCCCUUUCCUGCAGAAGGAGGUGAACUCUGUGCCGAGUCCUGCCUCUCCUGUCUCUCCUGCCCGGGAUGCUCCCCCAGCCUCCUUCGCCCCCUCCUCUGCUUGGGGGACGCCUCCAGCCUCUCCGGUACCCGCAGCAGGGCAAGACGCUGCGUACAAUUCAAGCGCCCUGGCUUCCCACGCGGAAGAGGCAAAUCUGUACGAGGAGCCGCCGGAGCCCUCGGCCAUCUAUGAAGAACCGCCUCAGCGGAGAUCCCGAGGGAUCGGCUUCCAGAAGGGUUGUCUGCUGCUGGUCUCGGUGUUUCUGGUUGUGAUGCUGGCUGCCGGGCGGGAGGCACUGCAGGAUCGGUGCCGGUUUGUGAGCCAAACCGGAGAGCUGGCCGCCUCCGCUCUUUG